UCAGUUUUCCGUGGACUUUUGCAGAAUGCACAGCUCCUUUUUUUUGCUCUUUUUGUAGAGUUUUUUCCCAUAAUAAAUAAGAAAAUUCAGUGAAUUGAGAUCAACCUUUUGUGUUUUCAUUUCCCAACAAUAUAAAUUGCAUCCACCACCCAAUAAUAGAAAGUGUAUAAAAGUGAGAAUUUUACUUUAUUCAAAAGAUUCAGUGAAAGGUGUUUUUUUUUCUUUAAAAAAAUUCACAAAAUUCAUCUUGAGUUUGAUUGAAAAAAAGAGAAAAAGUUUCUGAAGGAUUUCUCCGAAUUUCUUGGACUCUUCUUUGAACUUCCCUGCAGAAAGCCCAUUUAUUUGAAAAAAGGGGGUGGUGGAAAAAAACCUCAGUGGCACAGAGUUUGGAUUAAAUUGCUCCUUUCCGGAGAAACAGACUUGGCGAAGGAGUUUAUUAGUUUUGUACAUCUCUCAUAUAUACCAAUUUGACUGUGUGUGCGGAGGUUUAAACAAUUUGCUUCACAUACCGCGAGAUCAGUGUGCCCAUAAAUAUUUCCUUUUGGAGAAGAAAAUAAACAAUUUUACCGAUUGUGGUGUGCCUCACUGUAUAAUCAACAAGGAGCCACCUGAAUUACUCACAUACCGCGAUGACAUGAUCAACAAAGUAUGGACACGAAAUAGAAAUCACAUCAAUUUGAAUGGAGGACAUGGUAAUUAACAAUCAAAUGUGGAGCACGGAAAAUUGAAAGGGAAUUGUCUUGAUGCAACUGCAAAUUGAUUGAGAUCGCAUCACCGCUCUCCACGGAUACAAAGCGUGAGAGGAAGUCUCGGUUUUUCUUUGCGAUCUCACGCGGGACAAAAUAGUUGCGGGAUUUUGCUGUGCAAAAACGACGUGCUAAGGAGAAUAAAGUGAACACAAUGCCAUCGGGAAGUGGACAAAUUGCACCGUCGUCGCCGACGAGUCCAGCAGAAAUUGCCACGGUGACAACAACAAAUGGAACGAAUGGAAUUAGGGAGCGAAAAUCAUCAACAGAUGGUCAAAAUAAUAUAGGACCUUCCACAGAAAGACGGACAUCUGUGACAUCACAUGAUCCAACAGACUACGUCCAAAGAGCACGUACCACAAGAGCUGCUCCACCAAAACCAGCAACCAAUCCCAUGCAAUUUGUGAAGAUAAAGCCGUGCAAUUUGUAUCAGAGUGCCCAAGAGCAGCUAAAACGGGCGGAAGAGGUGAAGAAGGUCAAGGAAGUGAGGAAGGAGGACGCCGAAGAUUGGCAAUGCAAUUUGGACAAUUGGAAGUCGUCACGUCGAAAACGAGUGGAGCAUAUCAUUGACCGUGUUGUUGAGGUGAAGAAGUUGGAGCUGGAGGAGCACGAUCGAACACGAAGAAAGUCCAAGACGUUUUCCGAAAUGCUGGAAGAAAGGGGAACUAGACGAAAAAUGCCUCUAGCUGUGUACAAUGAAGACGAUGCAAAUGAUUUAAGCGACCUGGGAAUUGGAACAAGUAGUGCAAGUGGUAAAAGCAGCCUCUCUGAAGAUUUUGAUAAUCACAGUGUGAUCAGUGAUAAUCAAGAUACGGAAAAAUCACACUCAGACGUUGACAAUAAUUCAAAUCAUGAGAAUGGAAAUAAUCGAGAUUACGUUUCGAGUCCUGGAUACGAUACAUCCUCAAGUACAGCACCAGCAAGUUCACCGGAUCCAUGUGAAUAUACGUACGAGGGUGCAAUUGAGGGGUACAAAUUGCGAAUAUCUCGAGCUCAGUCCAUUGGUUUGAAUGGCUUCAAUGGGCGCUUCUCGAAGGAUUCCACCCCAGAGCGUGCUUCAUCCCUUGAUUCGGGCAGGAGUAGUGGGCAUGAGAAUGGUGUUGCCACAGGGGCACCUCCCUCAUUUCUCCCCAAGAGGCCGUCAGUGACGAAGAUUGAGGAUCGUCUGAUUAAUUUUGAGCUGAAAUCCUCGACGAGUGAUAGUACAGCUGAGGGGACGACUGUGGUGAAGAAGGAUCUACCAAAGGUGGAUAUCCUCAAGAGGCGUGAAAUGUUUGAGAAAGACAAACCCGCAGCUGUGACAAUAUCGCCAAUGGAAUGUACGAUCCAGAAGCGACUUUCUGGUGAUUUUUCCAAUGCAAAGAGCAUCAAGGAACGACUGUCGAGUUUCGAGCAGAAAGAUGACAAUGUUGGGUGCAAGAAGGCCAACAGAUUGUCGGGUGAUUUGACAAGUAUAAAGGAGCGAUUGACAAAUUUGGAGAAGGAGAAGAAAGUGACGAUUGGGGAGAAAUCACUAAAAGUUGAUGUUCCAGUUGUUAGCUUGAAAGAUCGCCUCACGUCGUUGCAUUCUGCUGUGACGGCAACGGCAAAGCAGGAAGUGGUGUUGGAGGCACAUGCGGAUGAUGAUGUUGGUGUGAAAGAUGCGGAAAAAAUUCAAGACUCCCCAUCCAUGGUGGAAAUUGAUCGUGAAGACAGUGGUAUUCACACAUCGGACGCCUCAUGCAGUCAAUCACAGGCUAGUGAGCAAGUGGAGGAGUUUAUUGCUGAAUGUAUGACGGAAGAGAAGUCAGUGGAACUGAUGGCGGAGACCACACCACCACCGGCUGAUGCAUCUGCCGAUCUGACAACAUCCACUCUCGUGGAAUCCGCACCGAUGUCACCGAUUGAGAGUGAUCCCAUCCCAAUGGACAACUGUGCCGUCAAUCACGAUGAGACACUUGUGCCCGCCGAAGUCACGUCCAAUGAGCUAUUUGACGAAAAUUGUGCCACCGAACUCACAGAGCAAGAUACGAGUGUAUUGGAGGCACUGGAUAUCGCAUUUCAGGCUAUCGAUGGUGGAGAUCAGUGCGGAUUGGCGGAGAAUGAGGUGGAGAUUGAGAAAUUGAUUGAUGAACUCGUGCAGACACCACCAUCACAACCUGAGACGGAGAAUAAAUCACAGAGGGACGAAAGUAUGGAUGUUGCGGUGAAAAAUUCCCCAAAUGAGAGUCAGGAGAUUGUGGCGAGUGAGCCAAUAUAUGAGAUGAUCGAUGAUGUUAUGGAAGCACCCAUGGAGUCGAAGGAUGUUGUGCAGGAGGAUGUCGAGGAGGAGCCCUACUAUCAAGUGCCUAAACCCAUUGAACCAUACUACGAAGUACCCAAAUCCAAACCAAUUCCAUUGUAUGAGAAUGUGGAGAUCUUCAUGGGAACCCCGAGGCCGAAUGCAGCGGCUUCGGUGGCUCCUGUACUGCCACCCAAAGAGAAACCUCCACCACCACCGGCUGAAGAUGAGGCAACAGACGACGAGGGAGGCAAUGAGGAGUACGAGGAAGACGUCAAACCCGAUGACGCCAUGAAACGAAUGAAUUCAACGCGAAGGAUCAAAAAGGAGAUUCGCAAUAAACGAUCGAGUUUUCUGGGAAUUGAAGGAUCAACGGAGGAUGAUAUUUCUCUGGAAUUAUCCGUAGCACCACCCCCGGAUAUGUCGGCACUACUCCAAGAGGAGCGUCGCCUGGAGAAGCAGGUGCUCUUCAAGACAGGCCUCUAUGAGAGUUCCGACACAGGUGAUAGUCGCGAUUCUGGCGUGUCUGAGAAUCAUUCUCGGCAGAGUAGUGAGCCAUUUACUACUUCAUCGGAAGAGCAGGAAGACUAUCUGGCGCAGAAAGAAACUGAAAUCAUCAAAGUGUUGAUGGUGGAGAAGGAGAAACGCCGGUCGAGCGAUUCACUUCUCCAUGAGAGUAACAACCAGCAGCGGAACGGGGCUGAGGAGUGGACGGUGACCGGUAACGGAUUCACUGAGACAGAAAGUAAACUGACGCACUGUAGUGCUGAUGAGGAGACUCGUAUGAGGUGCCUCGAGGAGCAGAUACGCGAGCAAGAGGAGGUUCUGCGUGUCGAGAGAGAACUUCUGCAGCUGGAGCAGGAGGAGCUCAAGCGGCAACGAGAGAAUUUACUCUUGAGGGAGAAUUUAGCGAGAAAGGAACUCGAUCACGGUACAAAGAUGCUCAUGUCGGCCAAUAGGCGCUCCCUGCAGGACCUGAAUACCGCCCAAGUGGUGACUGUGAAUCAAUUUGCAAAUCUCUCAACACCCCAUCCGGUGUAUCCCAUCCCAGCGGACUAUCGGCAAUCAAUGCCGGAUUUGCAGCAAAUUCACAUGGGGCAGCAACGGAAGGUGCCACCCACGCCACCGGCAAAGCCACUGAGAUCAAAUCUCACCCACCAGGAGUAUCAGAUGGCGCGUGAGACGUCAAUUAAGGCGAGCAGAGCGCCAUCAGCGGAGGCCAAUGAUGCCGAAAAUAGGCGAGAUGAUGUCCAAUUGCGACGACCACCGCCGCCACAGCAGCAAAUCUAUGGGAAUAUGACCAGGCAUACCCUGCAUGCCCUGAGUGCCGUGCCAAAGCCCAAGCUCACCGAUGGUUGGGUACAGCAGAACAGGAAGUCCGAACCGGCGGACAAGUACUACCCAAUCCCGCGUAAGAAUGACUUUGUAAAGUCCGGCACACACGAGAGGAUCACAAAUGAUUCAUCGUGGAUUGCCACGAGGAAGUCUGAGCCACGGGGAUUCAGCUACGGGAAGCACUGGCUCAUCCAGGAGGCUGAGCAGAGGCGCAUUGAUCAGCAGUUGGGUGUUAAGCCAACCCUGACGCAGCAGAAUGGAUGGGGAGUUGGGCAGCGGAGGAGUAGCAAUGGCGAUGGGAAGCCAUUGCCCGAUUCAGUCAUUCAGACCCUCACACAGAGAGUUCAGAAUAGAAUGAGUGUGAACGAGAGGAGACGACUCGAGAGCAGUCCAGAGGUGACGCCCCAGCAGAAUCUCUCUCCGGAGUCUCAAGAGAAAAUCUUGAGUGUUAGUGGGCGGAAGAAGUGCUCCCACUGUGGAGAUGAAUUGGGACGAGGCGCUGCGAUGAUUAUUGAGAGUCUCCGGCUGUUCUUCCACAUUGAUUGCUUCAAGUGCUGUGUGUGCCGCGUGCAACUUGGGGAUGGUUCCAAUGGGACAGAUGUACGUGUCCGGAAUCACAAGCUCCACUGCCACAAUUGCUACUCGAGUGACGAUGGAGUUAAGUUUAGUUGCGUUUGAAUUUUUUUCUUUGAAUCAUCUAAAUAUCUCUCAAGUAGAUAAUAUAAAAUAAUAAUACUUUUUUAGAGUUGAUUUUAUUAUCUAUAUUUUAUAUCAAAAUGUUUUUUUUUUACAUAAAAUGCAAUUUAAUCGUCAUUUGCAGUGACCAAAUUUAUUGCAAUGAAUUCUUCGUCCCAAUUUAAAGUGAGUGUGUAAAUAUAUCCUGAUGGAGGAUUCAAUGAUGAAUCCUCGCAACUGUGUACAUAGGAGACUCUUUCGCAGAAAUCAUUUUCUUUUUCUUUUAAACAAAAAAAAACUUUUCAUUUUCCUUGAAGGAAAAAUCUUCAUGUUCAUCCCUGUUUAGAAUUUAUGUGAUUUUUAUUUGUUAAUUUAUGAUGUGUGGUUACAGUUCUCUUUAUAUUUUUUUUCAUUCUUUAAAAAAAAAGAAGAAAUUAUUAACUUUAUCAAGAAAGAGAGGGAGAGAGAGAGAAAGAGAGAAUUACAAAAUGAAGCAUUUUUUUCGUUUAGAAGAGAGAUAUGUGUGUGAGAAGAGAAAAAACAAAUUAACACUGUAGAUAAUAUAAAGAAAACUCUUUUCUCAUUACAAGUUCAAUAUACAAUUAAUUUGUGCGCGCGCAGCCGGAGGAGAUAUGCAAAAUAAUGGUAUAAAAAGUGUCUAUAAAAGUCUUAUUAAAAUAAAAAUUUAUUAUACAAUUUAUAA